CGCUGGCCGGCAGGAUGCCCAACAUCAAGAUCUUCAGCGGCAGCUCCCACCAAGACCUCUCGCAGAAGAUCGCCGACCGCCUCGGCCUCGAGCUCGGGAAGGUCGUCACCAAGAAGUUCUCCAACCAGGAGACAUGCGUGGAGAUCGGGGAGAGCGUCCGCGGGGAAGACGUCUACAUCGUCCAGAGCGGCUGCGGGGAGAUCAACGACAACCUGAUGGAGCUCCUGAUCAUGAUCAACGCCUGCAAGAUCGCCUCGGCCAGCCGGGUCACGGCCGUCAUCCCCUGCUUCCCUUACGCCCGGCAGGACAAGAAGGACAAGAGCCGGGCCCCCAUCUCUGCCAAGCUGGUGGCAAACAUGCUCUCGGUGGCUGGCGCAGACCACAUCAUCACCAUGGACCUGCAUGCCUCUCAGAUCCAGGGCUUCUUCGAUAUCCCUGUCGACAACUUGUACGCCGAGCCUGCAGUGCUGAAGUGGAUCAAGGAGAACAUUGUGGAGUGGAAGAACUGCACCAUCGUUUCGCCAGAUGCCGGAGGAGCCAAGAGAGUGACCUCCAUAGCUGAUCGGCUGAAUGUGGACUUUGCCCUCAUACACAAGGAGAGGAAGAAGGCAAAUGAGGUGGACCGCAUGGUGCUGGUGGGGGACGUGAAGGACAGGGUGGCCAUCCUCGUGGACGACAUGGCGGACACCUGUGGCACCAUCUGCCACGCAGCAGACAAACUGGUCUCAGCCGGGGCCACCAAAGUUUAUGCCAUCCUGACUCAUGGGAUCUUUUCGGGGCCGGCGAUUUCCCGAAUCAACAGUGCCUGCUUUGAGGCCGUGGUCGUCACAAACACCAUCCCCCAAGAGGACAAGAUGAAACACUGCCCGAAAAUCCAGGUGAUCGACAUCUCCAUGAUCCUGGCUGAGGCCAUCCGGAGGACUCACAAUGGGGAAUCGGUCUCUUACCUUUUCAGCCACGUCCCGUUAUAACAGUAGAUGCACCGGACGCUUGUGUGGCUCCCCCCCCCUUUUUUUUGGAAAAACCAAAAUUUGUUUUAAGGUUCAGUAGAAGCUGUUGCUUGUUUGACUGCACCUCUCCUCUGUUCUGCCUUUGCGCUUCCCAAAGCUUGGUAGGGGAGGGUCAUCUUUCAAGCACUCAGUCAGUCUUCUGCAGACCCCUCUGGUAGUUUUAGAUUUUCGUGGAAGUAGUCAAACCGUUUCCAUUCAGCGGAGAUUGGAACUGACCGGCCGUGCAGAAGGCCACACGUCCUGUGGGGGAAUGGGUCCAGGAGGGGGUUAGUUUGCACAGCUAUCUUGUAUGGAUGGGUCUCUCACCACCCCUUGGCAGCAGCAGAAGAGAACUCUGGGUUCAGGGAGGCCGUUGCCUUGCUUGGACCCCUUCCUUGGCCUUUCUGUCCAGUUCAUUUCAGAGGGGGCCCCACUCCUCCACCCUCAGCCUUCUGGGGCAUUUUCUGUUUAGAUCUCUGGUAAGCAGCACUUUCUGGCCCCUGGUCAGCUUCUCUCCCCAGUUCCUUUCCUUCUGCAUCUUCAGGUGCCUUGGGGAGACCUGGGCGGCUUUUCCUAGUGAGCCGGGCGGUGAGACUUUAUUUAUUGGUGCUUUUGGGUUACCCUUCCUCACUCCCCAUUGACACUCCCAGAAUAGGGCUGGGCAGGGAUCUCUCGGCCUCAUGGGACAGAUAGCAUCAAGAACCCAGAACCAUGGCCACCUUCCUCUGGCUUUCUCAGUAUAGAAUCCUGUGUAGCUGGCUUGCUUUCUUUAUCAGUAGCUUGGUCUAAUUUGGAAGAUGGUUUGACGGUGGAGCCACCUGGCCGCAGCCCCCCAGGGAUUGGGGGGUUCAGAGGGGGUUCAGCCCUACCUCCCCGGAAGCUGUAGGUGUGGAGGGAGGCCAGGGUUGUGGUGCCUUUUGAAAUGGUGGCCCGGUCUGGCGUUGGUCCCACAGCAAUUCAUCUCCUCCUUUGUACGCGCUGGUUUAUGUUUUGUUCUGUGUCUGUCUGUCUGUCUCUUUCACACGCGUGUGUGUCUGUGUUUGCUUCUUGGCUUUGGGUCCUUCCACUCUCUGCAGCCGUCGCUGCCUCUCUUUUGCCCGAGGCUUUGGGGCGGCAGAAGGAUUCAGCAGCAUUUCUGUUCUUCACAACCUCAAAUGAAGGAGGAAUUAAACUUUUAUUUAAAAA